CCUCCUUCCCAGCCGCGCCUCGUAAGCCCUCAGGGAUUUAACCCCCAGCUCGGCGCCGCGCGGGGAGCCGAGCUCCGAUCCGAGCGGCGCGAUGCGGCCGCGGGGAGGGCUCGGGCCGGGCCCGGUGUGGGCGCAGAGGGUGCGGCAGCUGGAGCAGAGAGCGCGAGCCCAAGAAGAAAGAAUAAUUGCCUUGGAAACUGAAAAUGCUGCCCUUCAUCUGAAACUUGCAGCGUAUCAAGGGUGGGCUGGAAGAAGUGUUAACGAGAUAUUACAGCUCUACUCUGCUCAUGGCCAGCAGCAGAAAUUGCAGAGUUCUGUUGUAACUCACCUACAUGAAGCAAUGAAGAGGCUUAAGCAAGACAUGAAGAGCCUCCAUUCAUUUGCUCUCGAGCUUUCAAAAGACUUUCAGCGUCAAUACAAGGCUUGUCUUUACCAAGUUUUGACAGCAGUCCAAGGGAUACAGCUGCAAAAUGAAGCAAUGCAAAUGUUUCAGAUGAAGGCUUUUGAUCUUGAGCAGUCCCUGCAAGAAGUGACAGAGAGAUAUGAGAGAGAAAAGCAGAAGCGGAGAGCUCUACAUAACAGCUUAGUUGAGCUGAGAGGGAAUAUCAGAGUCCAUUGCAGGAUCCGACCAGCGCUGCCUUUUGAUCAUGCUGCUGGACAUCCAAUAUCACAAGACAGGCACAGAAACUCUCUAGAAAAUGUGGCAUAUGCCAUUGAUGAUGAAACUGUCCUUGUAAAGUGUAGCCGUCCCGGUCAUGCACCAAUAAACAAGACUUUUCAGUUUGAAAGGGUUUACGGUGUUACUGAGACUCAAGACACAGUGUUUGCAGACGUGGCCCCUUUGCUAACAUCUCUCUUGGACGGGUACAAUGUCUGUAUAAUGGCUUAUGGGCAGACUGGAAGUGGGAAAACAUACACAAUGUUGGGACCGCAGUUAGAAAAGAACCUUACGUUUGUGGAUGAAGAUGAAUCGGAGCUUGGAAUUAUUCCUCGUGCUACCCAGGAACUGUUCAGACUUAUUUCAGAAAAGCCACCAGAAAGUUACUGGGUUGAGGUUUCUGUUGUAGAAGUGUAUAAUAAUGAAAUUUUUGAUCUUCUGGCCAAAGACAGUUGUGGAAAAGUAUUUGGCAUCAAACGUGACGUUGUCACAACCAGAGAAGGAAAGAGUGAUGUUCCAUUGCUUACAUAUGAGACUGUUGCAAAUGCAUCUGAAUUUUUGCACCUGGUUCUCAGAGGCCUACAGCUAAGAGUCAGGCACCCAACACUGGUGCAUGCUCAUUCCUCUCGUUCCCAUCUGGUGGUUACGUUGACCAUAACCACAAUUGUCUCUGGAGAUAAUUUUGGUACUUCAUGUGAAGAUGAACAAAUCAAUCAAAGACUGAAUAAAGAGGUUUCCUGCACCUAUUCACAAAAAAGAGACAGUAAAUCUACCUCUUCUUCCAGAGCCUCUUCACCAGCACAACUUGAAGCAGCUGAGAAACUGAAGCAAGUCAAAACUAGGCUGCAGCUGGUAGAUCUGGCUGGCAGUGAAUGUGUAGGUAUGUCUGGAGUGACAGGUGCAGCACUGAGAGAAACAUCCUUCAUCAACCGCAGCUUGUCUGCCCUAGCAGAUGUCCUCGCAGCAAUAGCAGAACAGCGAUCUCACGUACCGUACCGAAACAGCAAACUUACACAUCUCCUCCAGGAUUCUGUAGGAGGUGAUGCUAAACUGCUGGUGAUGCUGUGCAUCUCUCCCAGUCAGAAGUACUUAACAGAAUCAAUGCAGUCUUUGGGAUUUGGAACUCGUGCUCGGCAAGUUCAGAGAGGACAAAUCAAGAAAAGAAAUCUCCCUGUGCUGAGUAAAACAAAAUAAAACUUAAGAUUCCUGUGGAUUAAA